AACCGCACGCAGUCAAAGGAGGGCGGAUCGAGCGGAGCGGUGGGCUGUCACUCAACACCGCCGGGUCGCGCGGUUGAUAUCCCCUCGGUGUAGUACAGUGGUGAGACGCUGGCGUGGCAGGCCCGGCUAGCAUUGAGUACUGUAUCGCGUGGACGAAACGACCUGUGACUGCCAACACAGUAAUGCUGAGGCCGAGCAAUGACACACAUCACUCACGCACCGGGUUCGGUAAGACUCUAGGUCGUGCCCGCGGUUGAGGCACACGCUAUACUCCUGGACUGACCGUGGUACUUCGUAGCAUUUCUUUUAUUUCUUUUAAUGACCAGCGGAAGUUAUAAGUGAGAAGCUUUGCUUUCAUCGAUAGUGUGAUUCCGUUUUUGUGUUGGCUCGGAGAGCGUGCGUGUGUGCCAUGAAUCUGUCUGGAGGAUCCAUCGAACCGCAGCAGAACUCGGACUUGCCGGCCUCCGCGCACCAUCCUCCGACCAGUCUGCACCACCACCAUCCGCCCCCCACGCUACUGCUCCGCGCCGAGAAGCCCUACCCGCGGACGCCCAAGUGCGCCCGGUGCCGUAACCAUGGCGUGGUGUCGGCGCUCAAGGGCCACAAGCGUUACUGCCGGUGGAGGGACUGCGUGUGCGCCAAAUGCACGCUGAUCGCCGAGCGCCAGCGAGUCAUGGCCGCCCAGGUGGCUCUGCGGAGACAGCAGGCCCAGGAAGAGAACGAGGCCAAGGAGCUGGGGCUGUACUACGAGACGAGCGACGGGGCCAUCUACGCCAUGAACGGGGUGGCUGUCCAGACGCACAAGCCCUACGAUCAGUACCACGGAAGUACCAGCCCAGAAUCUAAAAGGCCCAGACUGGAGAUUAUUAGAGCUCCGCGCAGUCCGUCGGCGAGUUGCGGCUCUGCCAUGAGUCCUCCCAACCCCACCUCCCCUAGCCUGACGGUCGAGCCACACCCCAGGACAGACACCGAGACAGUGUCCCAGAGACACGUUGAAGAGCGGGUGUCCCCGUCCAUGAGGCUGACCUCGCCCACGCCCAGCCCGCGGGGGGACGUGCCGUCCAGCCCGCGCUCCGAGGGUAGUGGCCGCAUGCUAAGGGAGGAGUACGGCGACAGGGACGCGUACCGAGAGCACAACGGAGGCGACUUUGCGGACCAGCUGACCCCAGCGCAGCUCCUUAGCUUCCACGGUCGGAAGGGUCCCCAGCGCCCGCCGGUCGAUGUCUUGUGCCGGGUUUUCCCCGCGCAGAAGCGCAGUGUGCUCCAACUGGUCCUGCAAGGGUGCAACGGCGACAUCACGCAGGCCAUCGAGCAGCUCCUUAACAACCAAAAAGACGAGUCAUCCGCCGUGUCUAUGCCGGCAUCCUUACCGGUCACCGGAACGCCCGUGACGGCGGCGUUACAGGCUAACUUCCCACCGACAGCUACCGUCACGACAGACUCUCACGGGGCCUACAUUACCCACAGACCCUACCUCCCGAACAAUCACCACAUGAACCCGGGUGGGAUGAAGUCGGCCUUUUCCCCGCUGACCACCGCCAUGCCGAUGCCCAGCGUGGACAAGACCCCGCCAACGGUAGUGGCCUCCAACAUCCCGCAGAUGCGCUUUGCCUACCCGCCCUACCCUCGGGGACUGACCCUCUGGAACCCCUACCCACCAUCCGUCAUACCAGCAUUCGGGGUGCGGCCUGCCACCGCUGCAGACUACACGUUCAGUGGGAUCAUGCGUGAUCUGAGCAACGGGCACAGUGGGAAGGAAUGUAGGCCAAACGGAGCUUUUGGUGUAGGUGCCACCUGCGACUGACAACUCAAAAGGCAGUUACAAUAAGCGAGACCCUUUAGAAAAACACUGAUUUAUUAUAAACGAAAGAUUUUGACUGUCUCAUUAGGUUGAACUAAGAGAGUGCCUCAAAUAAACUCUUCAGCCUCGAUGGAUGUAUUUGUACACCUAAACAGGCAGACUGCCCAAAGAAGGUACCAGCCUGUUUUUCACCAAAAAAAAACUAACCUAUAGACCUAACAGGAUUUUUUUAAUCUGUUUUUCUGAAUCAACAGGUGAAUGUGUUGGAUCGAAAAGAAAAGACACAUGAACCCCACACAAGAAUUCUCUUCCCAUCAAGAAUUCCGCCUUUAUUCCUGUACUUUUUUAGCCAGGACACGACAUUCUUUCAGUAGUUCGCGCUGUCAGUCCACAGCUACUCCCUGUUAGUUUUCGAUCUGUUUUCACCGAUCUGGCUUGGUGAUAACGGUUCUCGAAGAGGCUCAAUUCUUCAUUGCUAACGUUCUUCCUCAGGGCAACAGCGCUUUGGUCCAGAAAUGAACGGCAUUCUGAGGGUUGCGUUUACAUUCAAAUAUUACAUGCACCUAAUUUGUGCUUAGUUAACUGGCUUGGUAUACAAAAUGUACGCUGCCUUUAUGAAUAAACUGCACUACACUUCAAGGGGGAAAAAAACGUUGAUUUAGCACCGCACUGGCCGAAAUACAUGUUGUUAUCAGUAUCAAUUUGCAUUCAGAAACACAUUAACAACGAACACCAUCUUUUAGCAUAGAUAUCGCUGUCAUAAUACAUGGUGAGCACCUUAAAUUUCGUAAAAUUCAUUACAUUAUUGAUAUGAACCAUUACCCAGAGAACUUCUUGGAAAACCGCGAACUUUUGUAUCGCAGGUUUAAUGGCAUUUGUCCUGAGAAUCACAUCAGUAGACGUCCCCAAUACCAGUGGGUAUUCAUUUUUGGUUCUCUCUUCAAACUUUAAUAUCGUUGUGGGACCUUUAAUACUGAGUGUAGUGUACAAAUCCUUCAGAAAGCAUAAGUGGAUGGGAAGGUUGCGGCUGUUUUAAUAUUUGCGACUUUCAGCGAGCAAAUCGGUGCAUUGCUGUUCAAAAGUUUAGAGAAAUCAAUCGAGUUUAGUGUCUCGAAAUUCAAAUACGUUAGUUGAGGUAGAAUUGCUGGUAUAUACAGGGUGUCAAAAAUUAAUCCAAAAGUGACGUUUGUUUUCUCUCAAAUUAUUGUCAAAUAUAUUUGGUUUUCGUAUCAAAUUGAAGCUUAUAGUGUAUUUUCAAAACUGAAGACUUCGUUUAAAUCUGAUCCUGCGUCGCGGAGAUAAUUUCGAUUACAUGAAAGAAUAUUUCUUUUCGUUCUGUCCAAUGGGAUUUAACACAGCAAUCGAAAUAUCCCAUAAUAUUACCCUUUAACACAUGAGAUCAUUGAAAAGGUUAACAGAAUGAGUAUGCUUAACUAAAGUGGUUUUGUUGUGUAAUCUACAAACAAACAGGUUCGUUAAAAUGGUUCAACUUGUUAAUGCAAUCUAACAAAAGUAAAUAAGAUCAAGACCUUGUUACAAAGUGUAAAAUUGCACACGUUCGAUUGAAGUUGUUUUCUCUGAGACAAGCUCAUUUGAACUCUGAAACUCUACAAUUUAUUUUUUUUAAUGUCCUCUGAAAUACACAUCAAUUUCGUCAAGUUUUGAAAUAGAAAGAAAAUCUUGAGAGGUGAAGUACCAAAUCAUUUUGUUUCAUGAUUUAGGAAAUGAAUUCUGUGAUUGCAUACACUUGCAAGAUAAACUUCCAUUCGCAGAAGCAAAAUGAGUUGCGUAUCUUAUCAACGCAACACGAACUUCAAGUGAAAUUUUCACUUAAAGUAGAAAACAAUAUAGGUUUUGAUGCGAUACCCAAAACAACAAUUUCUGACCAUUCUUUUUGGAGAAAAUAAAUGUCAUUUUAGGGAUUGUGUCUUUAAAUGGAACACGCUGUGUGCUGUCUAGCGCAAUGAUCCAGCAGCCAAAUUAACGAAACUUUUAUGGCGCAACAUCACUUCUGCCAAAAUUUAUCAAAUAUUGCUCAACAAUUAAGUGCACAUUUCGAUUAAGGGUCAUCAUCGCUGAACUUCGUGUUUUGUUCGUACGAGAAAUAUUUAACUUUGUUUCGGGAGGUAAUGUAAAACUUGUUUGCCUGUGAGGGAACUUCGAAAUUUUCUGCCCUAUUCCGAUGAAAUAAUUCAGCGGCUGUUUCAUGUCCCCGUCGUAAAAGCUGUGAUCGUAAUCCUUCACGAUGUUCAGAAACGUUUCGGGAAAUCGACAGUAAACACACUGAGCAGCUAUGCCACAAAUUGCGUUGCGUAAGGUUUACGCACAUAGUGCAAGGUUAUGCCAGGUUUUGUGAAAUCAGCCGCAGGAACAUACUGUAAAUUCCUUGUUUGAUUCAAACGCACAGCUGCCGAAAUGUCACCGAAGACGGCAAUUCUUACAUGAUUUCUCCUGACUAAACUUCUUUGGGUCUGUGGAUUUUAUGUUGGUUGUUUGUUUUAUUUUUGAACGAAGUCACCCGCCAUUACAAAGAUACAUUUUAUUAUUUAAAAGUACUUCACCAAUUUUUUUGUAUAUCUAUAGUCUUCUUUCACAAUUUUGUACAUACAUGUAUGUAUAUAGCUAAAAAUCGUAAAUGAGAUCUUCAAAAGAUUUUUUUCUGUGAAAUUUGUGAUGUUAUAGGGGUUUGGGUACUUUUUGUAUGUUAUUAAAUACGUUCAGAAACGAGGCUUGAUUUUAGUUUUUACUGGGUUCACUUUUAUUUACUGUAUUUGCAUGUUUAUCGUCCAAUAUUCCAACCUUUUACAAUAAUUGUCAAAAAAACGUAAAGGAAAUCGUGGUGUACAUCUUUUUUUUUAAUUACUGUUUAACAACAUUUUAUAACAGUUCUUUCCCUUAAGUAAACCGUAUCCCUAAAUGUAUUCUUCCACAUUAAAAAGAUAUGAUUCAACUGGCUUUAGUCAACAAACUACAUCCCGCUGAGUCCGUAACGCAGUAGAGAAUUGGUGGCGAUUUUGCAUUUUGGAAAAGGGAUCCUGCCAACUAACAAAGUGUAAUUGCCGACAACACGUAAUUGGUUUUCAGGUACGUCUAUUCAGCGCUGUGCAAGAAAAAACCCAAUGAACUUGCCUUAUUGCUCUCUCUACUUGCCCUUGAGAUUGGAUUUGUAUUGUGUUCGGGGUAAUUACUGCUGUGACAAAUAUGCAUUUUGGGGUGUUAAAUAAUAUUCCAGUGCAAGCGCUCCAGUUGCUGCCCGAAAUUGCUGUUGUAAUUUUCUGUCUGAAAUUCCUUUGAAAAUGUUCAACUUUUCUCAAUAGAGCUACCUUUUUGUGUGACGUAUGUUGGGUAUUACUGUCAAUAUGGUCUAAGUACCUUGCUCCCGUGUACAUUAAAGAUCAUGAUAGUGUACUUCGAUGUGUAAAACAAUCGGCAUUGAACCUUUCAUGAGGAAAUAGACAGGGUACACAAAUCGAAACAAGUUUGAAGUUUAAGAGGCUGUUAUGUAAGGAUGGAGUCGAAUAGUCAGUCUGGUAUUCAGUAUCACAAGAGUGCUGGAAAUGUUUCGUGUAAAUUUCUCAAUAAAGCUACGAGGAAUCUCAUUUACAUG